UCUACUCAGUGUUGUAACCUAAACUUUAAUGCUUGCUUCCCUUGUACUGUUGCCCCCCUCUCCCCUCCCCCCAAAAAUCCCCAGCAUUGCGUCCCCCUCCCCGGAGCCGGUCGACGGCCUCACAUGGCCAUCUGCUCACCGACCAGACUGACGCAGCAGAGGGGCUGAGCCGAGGAACCAAGAGCUGGAACUGGAGGAAGCGUCGAGCGGGGUAGUACCACAAGUACAACUCACGUCUCCACGGAGGUUUUCUCACCAACCAGGGGAUGUCAAAAGUUUGAAUGCAGCCCUCUUUCCGUUGCCAGCGAAAGGGCCUCUAGCCUAGCGGUUAGUGCACACCCGAGUAGCAUCAGCAGGCUUUACGAGGCUGGACCAGCUGGUGUUAAGAAAAAAAAUCAACUCGCCGGCAAAAGUCAGGGUCCGGAGGUUUUUUCGAUCCAUGGUCGAGGUUGUCUUAAGAGUUUUUUUUCCCCAUUGCCAGUAUAAAUGUUGCUGAGGAAUAAAGAUGACGACAGGCGAAAUCCUGAGGGCAGAGUUAUCUUCCAGGACGCCACCGUUUGGCCUGAGGCUAUGGAUUGUGAUUGGCAUCUGUAUUUGGGUGGUAAUCUUCUUUAUCCUAGGCUUCAUGUGCUUCUGGUCCAUAUAUCGGAGGAAGCUGAAGAAGUCUUUUGAUAACAUCCCGGUGUCUCAAAUUCCGGAUGUCUCCAAGGAGAUUGCAGUAGAUGAAGUGCGUGAGCAUGCUAUUGUUCAAAACUUUCAUGUGCCAGAAAGCCAUGUACUGGCAGUGCAGGAGAAACAUUGUGAAAAGGAUUCUGGGAAAAUAUUGGCGCACUUGGUUAGGAGCAAAUCGAGUGAUGCUGAUAAUUUGAGCCAAUGCAGCUCGGCAUACCAAUGUGAAAGGGCUGGCAGUUCAUAUUCUGGCGACGAAGGCAGCUCAGGCAAUGCUAGGAGGCAGUAUUCUCAAUAUGCCACUGUCUCUGCAUCACCAUUGGUUGGUCUCCCAGAGUUUUCACAUCUGGGCUGGGGUCAUUGGUUUACCUUGAGAGAUUUGGAGCAUGCAACAAAUCGGUUUUCUAAGGAGAAUGUCAUCGGAGAAGGUGGAUAUGGAAUAGUUUUCCACGGUCGACUUAUAAAUGGGACUGAUGUUGCAAUAAAAAAGCUUCUCAAUAACAUGGGCCAGGCAGAGAAGGAAUUCAGGGUUGAAGUUGAGGCAAUUGGACAUGUGAGGCAUAAGAAUCUAGUCCGCCUUCUAGGAUAUUGUGUUGAGGGAAUCCAUAGGAUACUUGUGUAUGAAUAUGUGAAUAAUGGAAACUUAGAACAGUGGCUUCAUGGUGCCAUGCGACAACAUGGUGUUCUUACUUGGGAAGCCCGGAUGAAAGUUAUUCUUGGAAUUGCUAAAGCGCUUGCUUAUUUACAUGAAGCCAUAGAACCAAAAGUUGUGCACCGCGAUAUCAAAUCGAGCAAUAUCUUAAUUGAUGAAGAUUUCAAUGGCAAGCUUUCUGAUUUUGGAUUGGCUAAGCUCUUGGGCGCAGGGAAGAGCCAUAUCGCAACUCGAGUUAUGGGAACUUUCGGGUAUGUGGCCCCUGAAUAUGCCAACACUGGUCUGCUAAACGAGAAGAGUGAUGUUUACAGUUUUGGGGUGCUAUUAUUGGAAGCAGUGACUGGGAGGGAUCCAGUUGACUAUGGUCGGCCGGCUAAUGAGGUGCAUUUGGUGGAGUGGCUGAAAAUGAUGGUCGGCUCAAGAAGAGCUGAGGAGGUAGUGGAUCCUGAUAUGGAGUUAAAACCAGCUGCUCGUGCUCUGAAGCGUGCUCUUCUAGUGGCACUGCGAUGUGUCGACCCAGAUGCUGAGAAAAGACCCACUAUGGGUCAGGCUGUUCGGAUGCUUGAGGCGGAAGAUAUCCCGUCACGGGAGGACCGCCGGAGCCGGAGGGGCCACAGCAGCAAUGCAGACGACGAGUCCAAGGCAAGCUCAAGCGAGUUUGAGAUAAGCAGUGAUCGAAGAGAGUCAGGACCGUCCGCGAGGUUUCAGUCCUAACUCCUGAUGAGAGCACAGCAGAUCAUCCAAGAACUCCAUUUCAGACCGGCGAUGGCCAGCAUUGGAAGGUGUGGAUGGUUGGUAGAGACAGAAGGUCAUUGUAUUUCUGGAGGACGUUGCAUUUUGUACUGUAGGUAUUAUCCUUGGUGGUAGCCAGAUUAGAGAGAAGAGUCGGAUCUAUUUCCUGAGAGAUUGAGACUUGCUGUGAUUCCUAUUCCUCCUAUUCCGUUUGUCCAGCAGCUUGUACAGAAUUUUUUUUCUUCUGGUUUUUAGUUAGGACUUUCUUUCCAACCAGUAGCAAAGAUGAUCGUCUCUUUGCUGAUAUGUGAUGAGUGUCUUGAACCCUCAAUGUUCUCUUGAGAUUUCUGUGAAAUUUGAAAGUAGGGCCAUCA